AUGGGUCUUCUUCCUGCUUGCUUCCAGUCUAAGCUAUACCUCUCUAGACCCUAGCUAAAACCCCUCUUUCUCUUUCUAUAAAUACCCAAAUAGCCUUCUCUCAACGAAGCCAUAAUAAAAAAUAUUUAACUGAUCGAUUUUCUCAUCUCAGUAAGGGCGAGCUAGGAAUCAAUAAACUGAGCUUUUCCAACGGUCGUCGAGAAGUAGAAUUGAUAGGUUGAGCAAGAAAUCAAGAUGUGCUUAGUGUUUGUUUGUGAUGAAGAUGAGAGAGUGGUAGGGAGACAAGCAGCGCCUGGGGCAUGUCCUUACUGUGGAGGGAUGAUUCAGGCGAUGGAUAUAGAGAGCCAGUGGAGGUUCUGUUUCUUGCCUCUUUACUUCAAGACCAAAAGGAGGUAUUAUUGCUCUGUUUGUGCCAGACGCUUGGUGCCUCAAUAUUAGGAUUUUCUCUGCUUCAUGUACAUAAUACUUUUAUAUGAAUUUUGAUUGAGUUUUUGUUA